AUGACAAUCAACCACAUCUUCAUCCGCGUCACGGCCUCGCGCUUCGCCGCCGUCCGACACUUCUACGCCAACGCACUCAAGCCUCUGGGCUACCGCGAACUAAUCACCGUGGACCCCAAUGGCUACGUGGGCAUCGGCUCGGACUAUCCGUAUCUCUUCCUCAAGGCCCUGCCUGAGGGUCAGCAGAGCCUGCCCACACAUAUCGCUUUUGACGCCUCGGAGAACGCAGAAGUAGACGCCUUCUACGCAUCAGGGAUUGCAGCAGGUGGCGAAGACAACGGCAAACCUCGCAUUCACAACGAAAUGAGCGUGCAGCCUUACUAUUCCGGCUUCGUGCUCGACCCAGACGGGAACAACGUCGAAGCCGUCUCUCUCCCAUCCCGGCAGGGCAGAUAG